CCUCAUUCAGCGUCCAGAUAAGCCAAUAGGCUUCACCAACCAAUAUGGAAGGAGGGAGCACCUACAAAGAGCACAAAAAGUGUUCUCUUUUCCGCCAUAGAAAAGUUUUUGAGAGACUAUUCCAUCAGCUUGUUUUAAUGGGUUCUGACAUAGCUAGCCGCCUAUUGUAAUUGCGAAGAAUGUACCGUAGACCUCAGUUUGAUAGACUCAAUCCUCGUAAUGUCCUACCUAGUCGGCACACCCUCUUUAUUAGAGGGCUUCCAGGGACGACAGAUGUAACUAAAGUGAAGGACUUCUUCUGUAAUGAGACAAAUUCCAGGUGCUCGGUGGAAUUUUUUUCUACCUCAGAAGAUAAGAAGAGAUUCUCAGUUGCCAUACGGUUUAAGUCCCACGAGAUUGCCAGCGAGAUGCUUCGUCGACACAACGGUAAAACAAUGUUUGGUUACCCUGUAGAGCUAACUUGGUUCAAGGACCUCAAAAAAGCUAGAGCAAAGAGUAAUUUGCGAAAUUCACCCGAAGUUGCUUUUCCAGUGUAUGAAGAGCGGCGUCAGGUUAGACGCUUUCCUCCAAACCAACGGGGUUUCAGAGGCUUAGAAAAGAGUAUACCAUCUCCUGGAAACUAUGGUGAUGCUAGACGGAUCCGGACGGGCUCUUCCUCCUCAGGCGGUCGGGGGUAUAGAGAUAACGGUAGAGACCGUAGAAGCAUGGAUCACAGAAGUGCGGAUCGUAGGAGCUUAGACCGUAGAAGCAUGGAUCGUAGAAGUACAGAUAGAAGAAGCACGGAACGCAGCACAGACAGAAGAAGCACGGAAAGGAGAAGUGUAUCAAGAAGUCGAUCAUUCACAGGGUCAUCGUCAAGGAGCGCUAGUAAUUCAGGCAGAUCUCGGUCAAGAUCAGUAUCUCGUACAAGGCAUUCUUUGCCUUCAAAUCCGGGGGAUUCAAUGCAUGCAAGUGAAUCUGAAUUUAAUGGUCACAUCUACGACGAUCGACGUGUCUCUCGCAACCUCUCUCGCCAUUCUCAUGAUCGAAGUAGUAGCAGUAGUCAAUCUUCAGAGGAGCGAAAGCGUCAAGGUUCGUCUAAACGUCGCUCGUCAAAUAGAAAUAAUGAACAAUAUGAUCAAAGUGCCGAUGAAAACUCAUCUCCAGAUUACCAAACUCGAAGAAACCAACAAGUUUCAAGGUCACCCUCAAUGAGCGAACGAAACCUUGCUUUCUCAAAUGCUCCUGCUCCUAAUCCGGAAGAUGGGUCUUCACUGGGUUUUGAACAGAUAUCUGUUCGAGGUGGCAGUUUUUCCAGAAGAACACGCCACUCUUCAGAAAAUUCAUCUUCAGGUGCCUCGGUCGCCAGUUCCAAUGGUGCUUUUGAUUCCCCUAGAAAUCGCAGUGGACGCAAACGGAUGCAUUCUAUUUCACCACCCUAUAAUGAUGUUCGUAAUCGUACCACCAAGUCCAAGACUGAAGCCGCUUCAAAUAGUGAUGAAAAAAACCAACCUUCAGUCGAAUCUCAGAAACGUAGAAAAACAAGGAUUACCCAUUCACCAGCCAACAACAGCACAGAAUCUCUCCCUGAGCCACCCCAUACUCGAAGUAAAACUCAAAGAACCAGUCUUCAAAAAACACCAAGGGUCGAAAACUCAACAACAAUACGUCAAACAAAUGCCGAUCGUAAACAGAGACCAAGUGCUGUCAAAGCAGAUAAAAAAUCUACAACUAAAGAUUCUCCCCCAACGAUUGAAAAAAGUACGUCGAAGAAUUCUCGACGCUCGGAUACUGCACGUUCUCCACUGUCUUUAACAUCACGUGCAACCAAACGUUGGCGAACUCCAGAAGAUGAAGUCAACGAUGACCAUCUCCAUAAAAAGGAAAAAUGGCCCUCAACUAUCAAUAAAUCGGCUAAGCUAAAGAAAAAGUCUGCCAUUUCAUCGGCAAAUAAUUCUAGCGAUAAUGAUCAUUCGGAUGCUUCGAAAGUUGAUGGUAAUCAAGUGACCAUCUCAAGAAAUAACAAUAUUAAAGCAAAAGAAUCUUUGAAACCGUUAAUUAAAAAGUCCAGUUCAUCCUCAAACAGUAAGUUAUGCUAAUAUCUUAUUGUUUGCUUUCCUUACACCUGUGAUUGUAGUUCAAGGGUCGCGAUUAACUACUGAAUUUUUUACUGGAGUACAAAAUAUUCUGUUCUGUAGACAUUUGACUAUUUUGUUUUUCAUUGUAGGAUUAAUUCUUUUUGUGGGAAAUUUGAAAUUUCUCAAAAUCAGGUCUCCUUUCUGUUUACGAUAGCUUAUUAAAACACAGACUGAUAUCACUUCCUAAAAUGAGACAUUUACAACCUCACUUUAAGUCAUAAGUAUGUUGUCUCAAACAGGAAAAGUGCAACAGUUUUUUUUGUGUCCUAACAAGAUAUGCGGUCACAUACUUACAUCUUUACUUGAUUCCUUGAUUGACAGCAAGAAUUAAGUUUUUCCUGUUAAUCAAACGGAAAUUUUUUAAGUAAAUGUUUUUUUAUAAUGACCGACUACAUGAGCAGAUAGACAAUAUUUUCACGACUUGGAACAGGGUAUUUCGAUUCUGCUCGGACAAACAAUGUGUCAUCAAUUUAGCAACUAUUAACUUCUUUAAAGAUUUAGUCAAACCGCCCUGAUAACCAAAAAUCAUAGUCUAUUGUUAAUGCAUAGAAUUGUAAGAGAAUUAAACAAAAGGCUCCCACGUAGCAUUUAUUCAGUUGCUUAAUGUGUUGUUAUAAUAAGACACUAUCCACGGCGUAUAUAUACCAUAGUUUAAACACAUGAUGAUAGGACAUUUUAUGCUUUCAAAGUCAUUUAAUAUCGGUUGUGCUUAACCAAUUGGUAUAUCUAAUGAGUAUUUCAUUUUAUGAAAUACGGGCUCAAUACCUUUUUCACCUCCGAUUUUCUUUGCAAAUCAGUGUUCAUGUGAUCUGUUCUGAAAAUGUGUGAGUAUUUACCUAAUUAACUACGAAUAUAGGAACCAGCCUUUACGUGAUUAAGAUGUAGGAUGUAACUCCUAAUACGAGUCGUUCACUAAUAUCCACUCAGUUCGAUUUUAUUCCAAAUUAGACUAUAUUUUGUCAGAAAUGAUGCAAAGCAUUUAUUACUUUUGGUCUUUGUUUUUUGUUUAACUUUAAAAACAUUAGUAUUUUAAUCGUUUCACUUGAACAAUAGCAUUUAUGAGAAUCAGCAGGACAAAAUUCCAACCACUUUCAAAUUUCUGCAGUCAAAUAUAUUAAUCAGUUGGAAAUUAACAAGAAUAUAUUAAAAUCUCUGUUAUUGGUCAGUGCAUUUAACCAAAUAAAUAAACUAUAGUGGAUCCGAUACCUCAGAUAUAAUGGUUUAUGAACGGAUACUUUGGUCCUGAUGUCUGAUUAAAUAAAUUUUAUUUGUUUAUAAAUCAAGCUAGAUUCAUCUAUACUAAGAGGAAAAUCAAUGUAUAUGCAGCUUAUUAUCAGUACUUUCUUUUGUACUGCACUCAAUCGUACAUUAUAUAAAAUGCAAUAUAUAUGGGAAUUUUCAUUGAAAUAUUCAUUCGGUAGGUUUUAUAGACACAGUAGACCUUCAGAUUUUCUGUCUACUUAUGUAAGUCAACCAGUAGAAAUUCGAAAGUUAGCUAUUGUAUGUUUACACACUGCUGAUAAGUUUUGUUGAGUGUAAAAUGAUUGUAUAUUCUGCUAUUAAACGAACUAAACUCGUUUUCACGUUGCAUUGUUUAUGGUUAAGAUCUAACUAGUUGUAGUCACAAUUCGUUCCCUAUAAUAUCACAUUAAAAUUCGUCGGUGUAUAAGACAACCAAAUGGCUUACUUUGACUAAUUUCGGCAAGAUACAAACUACACUCAACAAUUUUCCUGUCGUAUAAAAAACUCUAAGCUUACCAUUCAGUGUGUAUCUACAUCAGUUUUCGUUUCGUCUCAGUCCAUUAAGCACCUGAGUAACAUGUGUGUAUACACAUGCACAAGACUUAUCAGUUCCAUAAAAGUGCUGUAUAUUAAAUAAUAAAAGAUUAAUCCAAAGAACCCUAUCCAUUAUUAGUUAACUAGAUAAAAAUGAACAUAAAUAUGCAAUAUUAUCUCCUGUCAUACCAAAUGCCGUAGUUCCGAGGCAUUUUCCCGACAAAAUUUUAACGAUCAUAGUAUGACAAUUCAAUUUUCAUGUUCUACUUUUAUUUUUGUCCUCAAGAUAAAAUGCACAUGUAAUCGGCAAAUUGUCUUUUAAGUGUCACAAAUUUCAUCAAAACCUAUGAUCGUUACACUUCAUUAAAUCUAAAAAUUUCAGUCACGGUAUGAUUUAUUGAGCUUAUUUUUACCAGGUACAGUUUCAAACUACACUUAAUGUAGGGAUUGGUUGUACUAAAUGACUACCUAGACGACGUAAAUAAGUUGGUUAAAACUUGUGUAAUAUUGAUUAGAGGUCGAAUGUUUUGACCAUCAAGUCAUGGUUCCAUUUUCGAACUAAUUUUCAUUAGUGGUAUACAUUCGAGAGGUUUGGUGUUUAAUCUUGUUUGGGUGGUCAGUCUCUUAUUUGUUAAGUAGACUUAAUCAUAACGUUCGAGAUGAAUUAGCGUUGUUUACCAGAUUAUUGACUGACUUAAUGUGCCAUGUAUUGCUUCUGAAUUCUAGGUAACAAUCAGUCAGUUACCGUCGGCUCUGCAUCAUCUUUCAAUAAUGAAGAAAAUGAGUCAGGUGAUUGUUCAGAUGAUGUAAUGAAUCUGAUUCGUGAUCGUAAAGAUGCCCUGGCAGAGGAUUAUAAACGGGAUUGCGAGGCAUUCACUACAGUCGUUCGCAUGCUAAUAAGGUAAUUUUUAUUUGUGUCCGUAAUGUAUCCUUCCUCUUACGCUUAAAUCUAAUAUAAAUCUGUGCUUUGGCAAUUUUAGCAUUACAUGGCAAUAUUCUCUGCCUACGGAUAAGGGCUGAUUUCUUACCUUCAGAGUAUGGAACAGUGAAUUGAUUUAUAAAUAAUGGAUAUUAAUAUGAAUAAUUACGUUAGAUGCCAGCCAAUAUGUCUGAGACUCGUACGGUGCCUACCUGUUAACGGGCCACAUGCUGGUUGUGUAAUUUAAAUAUACACUCAACUACGCCUACAAUUCCAGUUGGCGUUUGCUCUUUUGUAGAAUGUUUUGAUUGGUCAGACAAUUGUUGAUUGGGUGCUUACUUUCAUCCUCGUUCGUGUUUUAUCGAACCUGGCAAUAAUGUAUAUUUUACCUCGAUUGGCUGAUGAUUUUCACAUUAUUCGUGUUGCUCGUUCUGAUGCUGCAAUUAUUGAAUUGUCGCCAUCCAUUGUCUACUUUAUGCAUUAAUCAUUUUAUUCUAAUGUCAAUGUGUAAAACUACUGUUUUCUACAAAAGUAAGUGGCUAGAUUCUUUUUUUAUUUUUCCUUACAUUGCGCAGUAGCUGUCUCUCCCUACGCCUGUAUAUCGCUAAUUAACAUGAGGCUAUACUUGUUACACUUGGUAAAUGAGAAGUUUCUGCACCAAUUGCUGGGUCUGUUUUAAUGAAGUCCUAUGAGGUUGAAUUCCAGUGCUCAAUCACCCUUUGCAAAGACGAUUCACUCAUAUUUUUAAAACCCGUAAAGAAAGUCUGACAAUAAUCCGAAUUCUUGGCGAAUGCAAUUCGUAUUUUGAUUAUCAAAAACUGUUGAAUCUACCUAUGGUGUUUUAUGUUAGGCUCAUCAAAGUUACUAACACCUACCACCCCUGUGAUAUAUGUGACCUACUAUGAACGGAUAUAUAUCUUACCAGUAUUGUCUGUCAUAUACUCAACUAAGUUAUGUCGAACAAUGUUAAGUUCGAUAUUUGGUGCACACAUUUGUUUACAUCUGGACAAAGUACGAGUACAUUGUUCAACACUGUUCUGCAUGAGCUUACUGAUGUGAGUCAUGGACUGUAAACCUAAAGAACGUGCUUGAAAUAAUUUGAUCAGUGUGGUCAGCAUUGGUAACCUGUGAUGGGAUUGAUGAGCAAUCUUGAUUUUUAGGUGUAGAGUACUCUAUGCAAGUGAUCAAACGACCAAUAACUUUGUGGAUGUUAGGUUUUAUAUGUGGUCACAUUUGGUCAACCGUCUCCCACCUUGUUGCGCCAUGCUGACGUCAGAGUAAAAGUGGGUUAGGAAAGAGGAACCAAGAAAUUAUGUGGAGCUACUAGCUACUAAUCCAAACUAUGUAAGGAAAUUCAGACUUCGUGAUUGGUUGCAGUUACCCACUUACUUUUAUUUUCUAUCCCCAUUUAAAACUUAGUCGUAUUAUUGCAACACAAGUCCUCUAAUUCUUUGGACUUUCACUUUUCUCAAUUUCUUCCAAUUCUUUGCUUUCCCUCUUGUUGAUUUCCUCUAAUGAUAUAUGACGAGACAAGAUGUGAUCUGCAACAUCUUUAACCAAUGCCUGUCUCAGAUCCUAUGUUCUUUCUGCUUGUCUACUUGUGUAUUUCAUAUUUUAGGAUAACAUUAACUUAUAUUGUAUGUGGAAAACUACAUGGCUGAAUAUCUCUUAGUGUUCAGUAUUUGAACUCUAAUAGUCUUAAUCAUCCUGUUUGUCGAGUUCCCAUCAUUUUUAUCAUUUGAAUUUCUCGUUGUUCCAGUGACGACAUUCAUACAAUGGCCAUAUAUUUUCUCAUCCAACCUGAUAUACGACCCUUUGCAAGUUCAAUAACUUGUUUGUUUUAACGAAUUCAGAAUUUUUCCUUUUCUAGUGACCUGUUAUAAUGGUAAGAUUGUUAGAUAAAUAAAUGUUUAAAAUUUUUUUUACUAGAAAACUGACUUUACUUUACAUAUGGAUUAUUUCUCCCAUCUGAAAAGGUGUUAAUCUUUACUAUCUAUAUUUCAGCAAAGAUCAAGAUCUCGAAAGCCGUCUUAUGCCGAUGCUCAAAGAAAUCUUACAUGAAAGAGGCCAACGAUGCAUAGAGGAUUUGCGGACAUUUAUUUCAGAUCAUCAAGUCAAUGAAUCAAACAUAAAUGAAUUUAAAGAGAAAAAUCAUAUUGACUAGUUUUAAAACGACUUCUUUAAAGCUUGUGUAUAAUAAUUUCUCUUGUUUAUUCUCUUACGGCAUUUAGCUAAGUUUACAUUUCUCUGUAUGAAGAUCGUUGUUCCGUAGACAUUUAAGUUUGUGUAACUGACUGUUUCAUUGAUUAUAUUCUUCCAAAAAAUACACAUGAUUUUCCGAUAAGCAGUAACAAUAUAGCUGUUUUUCUUGAAAUAAAAUACACGCAUCG